CCGACUCCCAACAAAUGGAUCCAAGCGACGCACCGGGCACGUUACUCUGAAGCCUUAGUUGAACAGCUCUUCAAACUCAAAGUCUUAAUUGAAGUCUUCCUUCUCCUUCUCUCCCCGCUCGCAAGUUAACAACGCUGCUUCUCAACCACCCGCCUAUUCCACGUCACCCUCUCUCUCUGAAUGAAGAGCCCAAACCAUGUGCACGGUCGACGGAAUCCUAGCUCAGGACUGCGAAGCACGCCGGACCGCGUGCCAUACUCGCCCGCAUACUCCGAGGCCUCGAGCGCUCGGAGUUCCAGCUCAAGUAGCCGAAGCCGCGUCGCCGUCGCGGCUAAAUCUGUCGCCGGAGUCUUCGUUGCGUGUUUCACUCCGCCGGAGGACAAGAGCUCCACCAAUAGCUUCGCGGACUCUGCGGAGUUCAAAGCUCCUUCUGUUGCAUCGGAUGGUUCAAGAGCUGGUACUGGUAGUGAGAGAAGACGUAGUAGUUCAGAACGAGGGAUCUAUUCCGGUUCAAAUCACUCAACACACUCAACACAUGGGCGAGAGCCUGGGAGUGUAAAAUUCACUAUGGAGGAAAUUUUCAAGGCCACGAGGAAUUUCUCUCCCUCCUUCAAGAUUGGACAAGGUGGUUUUGGGACAGUAUUCAAGGGAAGACUCGAAGAUGGAACUGUUGUUGCAGUAAAACGUGCUAAGAAGAGUGUGUAUGAUAAGCAUUUGGGAGUGGAAUUCCAAAGCGAGAUCCGAACACUGGCACAGGUGGAACAUUUGAAUUUGGUCAAGUUUUACGGAUGCUUGGAGCACGAAGAUGAAAGAAUUGUUGUUGUGGAGUAUGUUCCCAAUGGAACCCUCAGAGAACACUUGGAUUCUUUUCAUGGAAACGUUCUUGACCUCGCCGCACGGCUAGAUGUUGCAAUUGAUGUGGCCCAUGCUGUCACAUACCUUCAUAUGUAUACAGAUCAUCCCAUCAUUCAUAGAGACAUAAAAUCUUCCAACAUUCUCCUCACUGAAAACUUCAGAGCCAAAGUAGCUGACUUUGGUUUUGCUAGACUGGCAGCCGACAGUGAUUCAGGUGCCACCCAUGUGUCUACCCAAGUUAAAGGAACUGCUGGCUACUUAGACCCAGAGUACCUCAGAACUUAUCAGCUUACCGAGAAGAGUGACGUUUAUUCAUUUGGUGUGUUAUUGGUUGAACUAGUCACCGGCAGGCGUCCAAUUGAACCAAAACGAGAAAUGAAAGAACGGAUUACGGCAAAAUGGGCCAUAAAGAAGUUUACCGAAGGAGAUGCUAUUUCAAUCUUGGACCCAAAGCUGGAAUGCACUUCCGCAAAUCACUUAGCCCUUGAGCAGGUUCUUGAACUAGCCUUACAGUGUUUGGCUCCACGCAGACAGAAUCGGCCUAUUAUGAGGAGGUGUGCAGAGAUCCUUUGGAACAUCCGAAAGGAUUACAGAGAACAAUCAUCUUCGGACUUGCGUUCGGUCUCCUCCUUUACCCAAAGGAGCAUCUCACUAAGAGAAGAGUGAGAAAAUAAUAUAAGAGGUCUAUAGUGAGGGCAGCCAGUAUGAAAGGAUGUGCUUUUGAACCAGAGACAGAAAUCUGGAAUCAUGUGGAGAUGGAAAACCCAGCAGGUAGGUAUUGAAAAUGGUUCAUGGUUGGAGGAUGCCAAUAAUCUCCCCAGAAGUGGAUCCAAAGACAUUGGUGGGAAAAAGUUGAAUUGUUGCUAGAAUUUAGAGGAAUUUGUUUAUAAUUUGUUCAUGAGAUUUGGCUUCUGUAUAGGAAAUUGGAGAUGGGGAAGUCCUGCACUUUCUUCCGCAUUUCGGUGAAUUUCUUUUUGUUGAAUUUCCUUGACAGCUUUUAUUCUUAAUGGAGAAAUAAGAGCUAUUUGUGUUUGAAAUCA